UAAAUCCGGCAAAGUAAAUAACAUCCCUGGUAAUAAUAGCAAGGUACGCAGUUCUUGUUACAGAAAGGGAGAAAAUUGAAACUAAAUGCUGCAUUUAGGGCUACCAUUUUUGAUAAGAGGAUAAUUGAGGCGACACUGGUGUAUAAUUAGCGGAUAAUUUAUGCUAUAUCCACUUUUAAUCCACCUCCCAAAAUAAACAAGGUCCAUAAUCAUUACAGACGAAUUGUUCUUAAUUUUAUAGCGCCAGUCUGAAUACAGUGUAACGGAUAAUCAAAGUGAAUUUGGAUAUAACUGAUUGCGACCGUAAUUGCUUUUUCAUUACCAUUUCAAGUAAAUGUAUGCCAUAUCAUGAGAGAACUCGUAGUCUAUAAAAUAAAAAUUGAGUGAAAUGAGAAUGAAGAAAGCCUUGCAGUUGUAGGGUAGGCUAUAUUUACAUCGUGGUUUAUAAUGCGAUCGCGAUUUGCCAAACCACAAACUGCACUCGUAAUUUGCAUAUAUUUUCAACUGUGACUGGCUCGUGAUUAUACGAGGAAAGGCUGUCACUAACCCGGGCCUUUCAGUGACUGUGGGGCUUAAUUAAACCAGACCAUAUCUGGCGUGUUUAUAGUUCACGUGAAUCCUCUCUGACGAGGCUUAGCCUACAUAUUGCUUUUAUAGACUAUUCUUUUGACAACGCAUAUCUUCACUUAAUAUGCAUGGCUUAUAUUUUUAUUCUAUUGGCUACUGCAACUCUCCUUAAUUAUUUAUGUAUCGUUCUUGUAUUUAGCCUAUAGGCUAUUAUUAUUUUACUGUUGUGGUUUCUUCUGUUUUGCAAAUGCAUUGAGACAACACCGUCCAUAUAAAAUGACUUUUUAGUCGUACAUAUGGCAAUACAUUCUCUUUAUCCUACAACGAUUCGAUUUGUAUGGUGUUUUUGCGGUUUGUAGGCUAAGCGAUAUUUGGCACCUCGAGCUGUGGUUACGAACCACACGAUUAAUUAGGCAACUUCGAUAGCAGCGCGCGACAUUGUCUCGGGAGUCGUAUCGAAGUGGGAAUUUUGUGAAUAUCAGAGGGAUAUCCCAGCAUUAUUAUUCUCCACAUGGUUAUGGCUACGGUGGGAGCUGUUAAGGUAGGUUAACUCACUGUGAAGUCUCAGCUAAAGCAGAGAACUGAUGACGUUAGGUUGAAUGACCAAUCGGAAGGCGCUGCCCUUUGGAGACAAACCAUUUUACUUGUAGUGGCUGCAUCAAGUCUGGAAGCAAGGACUCAAAUUUAACAGAAUCCACCUUAAAAUCUCUGCCUUUACUCAAGCCCACCUUCCACCAUACCGCGUGAGAAUUACAGGACAAAAAAGGAUAAAUUGUGGAGGUAAUAACGCAAUAUCCCCUAACCAAGGAGAGAAAGAAACGAACACAACGAAAGGGCUCAUUUGGACUUCAGAGAUAGGGGGUAAGUGCUCUUAAAGCAGAAAAUUUGAUGAUGACCAUGACUACGAUGGCUGACGGUCUGGAGGCUCAAGACUCGUCAAAAUCUGCUUUCAUGGAGUUUGGACAGCAAUCGCACUCACAACAGAGCUCCCCGUCAAUGGCCGCCAGCCAUUAUCCGCUCCACUGUCUCCAUUCCGGGUCUCAUCAUCAUCAUCAUCAUCAGCACGACAGCUCUCCGUACUCCGGCUCAAACUCUUAUAACAGGUCGCUACCUUACUCCUAUGUAAGCCAUCCCCACCACAGUCCGUACCUGCCGUCCUACACUAACGCCAGCGGAACACAGACCAGGUUAGACGCCACAGAACAGCAGAAAACAACAGUGAUUGAAAAUGGAGAAAUACGUUUCAACGGAAAAGGCAAAAAGAUCAGAAAACCAAGGACGAUUUAUUCCAGUUUGCAGCUCCAGGCAUUAAAUCACCGGUUCCAGCAGACUCAAUACCUGGCGUUACCAGAGCGCGCGGAACUGGCUGCCUCUCUCGGGCUCACACAGACACAGGUAAAGAUAUGGUUUCAAAACAAAAGGUCCAAGUUCAAGAAGUUGUUGAAACAAGGCGGUAACCCACACGAGAUUGACCCUUUGCCCGGUUCCAUCGCCCUGUCCCCACGUUCUCCAGCCAUUCCUCCUAUUUGGGACGUCUCAACCUCCUCUAAAGGAGUAAACAUGUCUGCUAACAGCUACAUGCCCGGUUACUCACACUGGUACUCUUCGCCUCAUCAGGACGCCAUGCAGAGAUAGGCAACUAGCCCUGUUUUAGGCCAGAGGCCUUGACGUUGACUUCAUGUCUUCGCCCAGUUCACGGUUUAACAUCCCUAAUAUAGACCUAUUCUAGUCUGCCUAUUAAGGGGACGAUUUCUUUUGAUGGAUGAAGACAUGUGGGGUGGCGAAGCUCGACAAUGGAACUAAAUGUCAGUAGCAAAUUAAACGGAUUGAUUAAAAAUCUGUGCUCACACGUGUUUGGCUGUAAUCAAACACAAUCAUCACCAACAGGAAGCGAAACGUUUUGUCACGCGCUUGAGUCGCAUUUGAAAACGAACUCAAUCCUCCUGCGUUUAUGUUUUUGAUCAUGCAAACAAAAGCAACUUGAUUGUAAAUAUAUUGUCCGAUUUUAGUUGUUAAAAACUUUUUAUGUUUUGUCAUAAAUGGAGUAAACCAUGACUUCAA